AUGAAUUAACUUAAGACCUUAUUAAGAAAGAACUUUACUUUACAUUUCAGAACAAAAUAAUUUUGGUUUAAUCUAUAUAUUCCUAUUUUAAGUGCAAUUAUAUCAAUACUUGUUGCUUACAAAGAUAAUGUAACAUGUUAUUUUUUAUUACUUUUUAUUUGCUUAAAUAAUAAUGGAGUUUUACGAUAAUCAUUAGUAUUAAUAGUUAGAGAGAAGAGUGAUUAAUUUAAAUUGUUAUAAUAAUAGAUGGGAUUAAGUUCAAAUGCUUAUUAUGCAUCAUGGAUAAUAACAUUUUUUGUCUUGACAAUUUGUGUUUCUCUAAUUUAUUUAAUACCUUUUAUAGUAUUUAGACUCAAUAAAGUAGGUGAUGGAUAUUUAAGAAUUGAAAUGUUAAUUUUAGGAUAAAUUUUAUAUUGUUGUGCAAUUGCAUCCUUGGCAUUAUUUUUAAGUUCAUUCUCUAAGAAUUAUAAUAAAGCUAGUGAACUUAUAGGUCUAUUAAAUGUAAUUUUAACUUUUGUUGUAAUAUCAAAUUUUGCCCCAUAUCCUAAAUUAACAUUUCUUGGUCAAUUACCUACAUUAUUUAUACCUUAAACAGCAUUCCAAAUGCUAUUAUUAAGCUCAAAUUGGUUAAUAAAUAAUGAUCAAAUGUUCUUAAAUCCUGGAAUAUAUAUCAUUUGUUUAAUAUUUUAGAUAAUUGGUUAUACUUUGGGUUUUAUGUAUUUUGAUUAAGUAUUGAGUGGUUCCAAAAAAUUGUUUUUCUUAUGUAAUUAUUGCAAAUAAAACACUUAAAUUUAUACUGAUUUUGAAGAUGAAUUAAAUCAAAGUCCUAAUAAUCAAGAUGUUGAACCAUACUAACUUUACAGACCAAUGUUAAAUAUUUAAGAUUAACAAAUAGAAAAUUAAGGAUAACCAUUUAUAUAAGUAGAAAAUAUGUGGAAAAAGAUUGAUAAUCAAUAUAUUCUCAAAUCACUCAAUAUGGAGAUUUAUUAGAAUGAAAUUUAUUGUUUAUUAGGUCCAAAUGGAGCAGGUAAAUCUACAUUAAUGAAUGUAUUAUCUGGUCUUUCAGAUAGAUCUAAAGGAAAAAUAAAUAUAUUAGGAUAAAGUAUAGAUAAUAAAUAAUUUAAAAAUCAAAUUGGAAUUUGUUUAUAAAAAGAUAUCUUAUAUCCAGAAUUAAAUGUUUAUGAACAUUUAAAAUUUUAUGGAUAAUUAAGAGGUAUUUUAGAUUAAGAAUUAUAAUAAUAAAUAAAUUAAAUUUUAGAAAUUUGUUUAUUAACAAAUGAAUCUAAUUUUUAUUCAUACCAAUUAAGUGGUGGAAAUAAGAGAAAAUUAUGUUUGGCUAUAUCUCUAAUUGGAAAUUCAAAAAUUGUAUUUUUAGAUGAACCAUCUUCAGGUAUGGAUGCAUUAACAAGAUAAUAAAUUUGGGUUGUGAUUAAAUAAAUGAGAUUAAAUCGUGCAAUCAUAAUGACUACUCAUCACAUGGAAGAGGCUGAUGAAUUAGCAACUAGAGUUGGAAUUUUAAUGAAUGGAUAAAUUGUAACUUAAGGUACUCCUGAUUUUAUUAAACUUAAUUUUGGAGUUGGUUACCAUUUACAAAUGGACUUUUAGGAUUAAAAUUAAUUAUUAUUAGAGAAACCUAGAAUAUAAGUUUAACUCUAAAAAAUUGAUAGUUAUACAUCAGUUAUUUAAUGUGCUCCUACAUCUCUUAAAAGUGUAUUACCAGUUAAUAAAAUUCAUUUAUUUCAUGAACUUUUAAAUUAUUUAGAAUAGAAUUCAUAAAGCAAAUUUUCACUUUAAUUAAACUCUUUAGAAGAUUCAUAUCUUGCAAUUGAUUAUUAAUAUGGAACAUAAAAUAUUGAUUUGGAUGUUCAAAGAGUGUUUCAAUAAAGACCCAAAAUAGGUUUCAAAUCUUAAUUGAUUGGUUUAAUUUAAAGAAAAUUAUUAGUAUUAUUGAGUUCUUCUGAUAAAUAAAUGAGAUAUGUAUUUCCAUUAUCAUUGAUCUAUUUAGCCGUUAUACUUGGUAUGUAGCAUUCCUUUUUAUUUGUAUUUUUUUACUUAGGAAUUAAAGCUCUUACAUCUACUUUAUAUGUAAUGAUUCAAAUAGAAGAUAAAGACACCAAAAUUAAAUAAUAUAUGUAUGCAAGUGGAGUAUAGAUACAUACAUACUGGUUGAGUAAUGUUUUAACUGAUAUAAUUCCAUCUUUUAUUGAAAGUUUAUUUACAACAAUCCUUUUAUUAAUCUAUGAUGUUGGACAUUUUAGGUAACAUUUUUUUGCAGUUUUCUUUUUAAUUACUAUAUUUGGAGUCUCAAUGAGUUGCUUUGCUAAUUGGGUGUCAAUAUUAUAUAAAAAUAAACAGGGAGUUUAUGUAAAUUCUCCAUUGCUAUAAUUUUUUGUAUUCUUCCUACUCUUUUUCAUUAUAAUGCUUUUCAUUAUUUAACCACAGUCUCCUAUAGGUGUAAAUAUGAUUGCAAUGUUAUUAAUGAUUAUAUCGCCAUUUGCAGCUUGUUAUAUGGGUUUUGCUAUGAGUCCUAUUUUAUUGAAUUUAGCCAUUUUUAGUUACUUUUCAUGCAUUCUAUAUCUUAUUAUUGGAGGGACUAUAUAUUUUUUAAUCUUAUAUUCAAUUGACAAGAAUGAAUAUAAGUAAAUUCAAGCAAAUAUGGAUGAUACAGAUGCGGUUAUUGAUGUUUAAGAACUAACCAAAAAAUAAGGAGAAUUAGAGACUGUUCACAAAUUGUCAUUCUAAAUUAAAUCUAAAGAAAUAUUUGGAUUGCUAGGACCAAAUGGUGCUGGAAAAUCUACUACUUUUAAUAUGAUUAGCAAAUUUGAUCAACCUACUACAGGUUAAGUAAGAAUUAGAGAUAUUAAAACUAAUCUUGGACUAGUUCCAUAAUUUUGCCCAUUCUAUCCUACUUUAACAAUUUAUUAACAUCUCAUUAUCUAUGGGACUUUGAAAGGUUAAGAGAAUUUAUAAGAAGCAAUUGAAAAAUACCUGAAGGCUCUUGAUAUGUAUGAAAUUAAAAAUAGACAAGUCAAAUUCUUAAGUGGAGGGGAAAGAAGAAAGGUAUAAUUAGGAAUAGCAUUGAUUGGAGGAUCUAAUAGGUUGUUCAUGGAUGAACCUACAACAGGAUUAGAUCCAAAAUCUAGAAGGAUUAUUCAAUAGAUAUUACUAUAAUCAACCAUAAACAAUGAUGCUUCAGUUCUUUUGACUACUCAUUCAUUAUAAGAAGCGUAAAGUAUUUGUAAUAAAAUUGGUAUCAUGGUCAAUGGAUAUAUGAUUACUUAAGGAACUUUAAAUGAAUUAAGAGCUCAAUUAGGAGAAUAAGCCAGAUUUAGUGUGAAAUGUAAUGAAGGAAGAAAAGAAUAAGUGCAUUAAACUAUAUGUUUAUAACUUUCGCAAUAAUUCCAACUAUAACCUAUUUUUGAAUACCGUGAUAAGUAUCUUAUUUUUUAAUAUAUAUAUUAGCUAUUUGUCAUACUAAAUUCCAUCAGGUUAUUUCAAGUUAUCUAAUCUCUUUUAAUACUUACAAGUAGAGUUAAAAUAAAAGUAAUUAUUGAUUACAGAUUUUUCGAUUUACUAGCCAAACUUAGAGUCAAUUUUCGCUUUCUAUGCUUCAUAGUAAAUUAUCGGAAUAAAUUAAAAUUUAUUUAUAAAUAAUGAAGAUCAAUUUAACUUUUGGAAUACACUUAGAACAAUCACGGCAUUUUUCUGUGUCUUAUGGUGA